AUAGAUUCAGAAACAUUAAAAAUACAAGGACCCAAAAAUGACAACGUUUUCUUCCAUGCAUACGCUCACCACAUAAUGCCAAAUCAUUACAUAUUUCACAUUAAAGAAAGAAAAAAACCAAUUUAUAACUCCCCUACACGAAAGCUUCUCCCUUGUAUCUCCGUUAUCUUCCAUUUGAACCAGUCUUAAAGCCUUUUAAUAAAGUUUAUACAUAUUUAUCGCUUGAAAGUUGAAACCCUUGAAUCCUACACUCAAUGGCCUCAACCUGUAUUUCAACCUGCAUAUAUGAUAUUAAGGUCCCAAUCAGGCCAACCAAUGCCUACAAGUGGCCGGAAUCAGAUGCUGAGUUUGUAAGGUCACUGAGCUCUAACGGUGGCAGCCGUGGCGGCCAUGCACAUCCUACGGUCGUUGAUAGCAUUUCAUGCAGGCAAAUGUACCUGAGGAGCUACACGUUUCAUAGGAGUGAUGAUCAUCAAACUGAGCCUGAACAAACAAAAUGUUUUGGCACGGUUAAGAUGGAAAAAGUGAAGAGUCCUAGUAGGCAAAAGAAACCCCAAAAUGUUGCCAAGAAGAAGAAAUGUGUGGCACUCAAAAGGGCCAAAGUGGUCUCUUGUGCUGCUUUGUUGGCUGUGUUUCGCCGGCUUUUGUUCUGUACCACCAAGGUUGAUGUGGCUGACCAUGGAGGUUGAUCAUCUUUUUUUUUUUUUUUAUAUAUCAGUUUCAGCCCUCAAGGCUCCUCCCACCCUCUUUUUUCCCCUCAAUUUAUGAUAUUUUUUCUUUGUUAAUGACUUAAGGGUAAGAGUGCAGAGAGCAUUGUUACCAAGGAAUGGCUAUAUGCUAAUAUAUCUGGUUGAAAAAAAAGAUCAUAAUUUGUGAAAUUUAUC